CCUUUGUGCGGGGAAGGCGAUCCUUAAUCCACAUGGCUUUGCUUCCUUCCGGGUUUGUGUGUGUUUUUCCUGCAGCAAUUCUGAGACCGGCGUCUGUCCUGGCGGGGACUGAAGGUUUGCCUCUUGCGCUCAGUGCCGGAGGCGAGAGGCCUUGCUGAGUCCCUCAUUGCACCUCCUACAAGGGACUGAACGGGCUGUGCCAAGGUGCUGGAUUUACGGAGGAAAGAUGGAAACUUCUGAAGCAGCAAAGAAGCGGAUCCUCCCAGCAUGGAUGACAGAGAGGAGGACUGAACCUGCGCAAAAGUGGGCAGAAAUGAGGAGAAAGAGAAGAAAAAAAGUUUGGACAAGGACUGAGACUGUCUAUUGUAUGAAUGAAGCAGAGCUGGUAGAUGCAGCCCUGUGUGUUCUGGCAGAGAAAUCCAAGGGCAGAGAAGUGGAGAUGACAUCAUCGGAAGAUGAAGCCCAAGAGCCUCAGCAAGUAAUGGUAGAUCCUCAGUGGACUUCAGUGAGUGGAUGCGGUGACGCAGGGGCCCAGAGCCAUGGGAAUGAAUCCGAGACUCUGAACAAAUUGUCAGUUUCAGCCUGCAACAAAAAAACUAAACCAGAUGAAGAUGAUGAUGCUUUAAAAUUUGUCAGGGAGAUCUUCUUUACUUAGCUUGCAAGCUUAAUUCUCUACAUUCUGGUGAUUAAGGGUGUUUUGAGGCAUGAGGGCAACCUUGUGGUGACAGCAGAUGGCAAAUAUGUAGCCAGAGUGCUAUGUCAUAACCACAUAUUUUUCCAGGUUCUUUGUGCACGCUGCUUGUUCAUUGGAUUUUAAUAACUGAACUGUACUGCUAAAGAAUAACGAUAGUGGAAGUUUCUCACAUGCAGUCUUGCUUCUUGUUCCACUGCAAGGAAGAUCUGUGAGGUUUUGCUCAAGGCUCCAUCCCAAGCCGCCCUGCCUCAAACUAGAGUCUGCCCUUAAUCCGGGUUUGCAGUUGUUCACUCCGCUGGACAGCAUCUAUCUGAGAAUGUUGAGGGGUUUCCUUGCCCCACCACCAAUCUGGACUGCUCCCAGCUCCUUAUCCUACUAGGCCCCUCUGCCUUCAUUCUAAGAAUGCCAGAUGCCAGGCUAGAAAGCAAUCUGUUCCUUGAAGGGUUCUUAGGUAGAAGGAAGUUCAGUGGGCAUGGCCUUCUUACUGUUGCAGAGAUUAAUUUCACCCAAGCUUGAUAGUUAUUUUAAAACAAGUGUCUCAUGAAGUCCGGCAGCCUCAUUUUAUUCUACAGUAGAGGAGGUGGCCCUUUCUCCUGCUGUAGGGAAAGGGAAGUUUUGUAAGACUUCUUAUGAUUGAGAAAAGUGGGGUAUAAAUCCAAACUCUCCUUUGUUGUGAUUUUACUUGCAGUUACUGCUACAGUCCUGCUAACUUUGGCACACUGAAAUUGCUGCAAGAGGUUUUGAGCUUGAAAAUAAGGCCUUUAAUGCCUUUUGUAAGUAGAGCAUAUUUCAUUCUGUGGCAACAAUAAGAAGCAUGACUCAUGGGAAAUGUAAGCUUGAAUUAUAUUUGGAGGGCUGUAGCCAUGCUAUCAGUGCUUAAGGGUUUUUUAUUGUUUUGGCUGUAGAUUCAUUGCAGCACAUGCAAGGGCAUAAUUUUAACAAUAUCCUCAACUGUUAUGCAACCCUAGUGUUUGUUGAUCUGGCAUGGAAUGACUAACCUCUGCACCUCAAGGCCAUUGUUACAUGCAGAUCAUGAAAUGGUAUAGGUUUUUCUGGCUUAUUCGCAGCUAUUUUGCUGGUCUCUGUAGACAGCUACUUAAGUACAGAAUAAAAUAUGCCUAUAACGUUUUAAUUGCUUUUCUGCAUAGAGUACUUUAAACUGAUCAUCUAAGGUACAAACUGGUUUUUCUAAAACACUAAAGAGCAAAAGAUAUGCUAUAGCCAACUUAAGAAAAUAACAGAUGGUGAUUUUAAUUUCUCCAGCCUGUGACUCUGGCAAACAUACAGAUUCUAGUUAAGGAAAAGAUUACCAAGGAAAUGAAUACUGUAAUGUACCACAAAUAUCCUACAGAAUCUACAUUUUUUACAGCUUGCUCCAUCAGUACUAGCUUACAGCGUGACUCCUCCAUACUGAACUCUUACUGUAAAGACCACUGACUAGAACAUCCUGAUCUUCCCUUUCAGCACGUAGUUGUCACUAGAUAUUUAUCUUUGUAUUUCAGCUGGAAAGACACAUACUAUGAUGGAAAAUGAACAUUAGACAACCUACAUGAAAACAUGUUCCCAUAAAGAAUAGGGUGUUUGUAGUCAGUUUGCUUAGAACCCGUUCGAGCUAAUUAAUUCCAGUUAAUAUGUUGCCAUGUUCAAUGUAACGUAACACAAGACAUCAAUGUAGAAGUAUUAAACGUGUACAGCUUCUCCCAUCUUGUGAAAAGUUGUACCUAACAAAAGUA